AUGAGCUUGUACUUCACAUCAUUAUUCGCUGUUCUCACCUUUGAGAUGGUUUUGUUGUUCAUUAUAGUGCUACCUUUGCCCUACAGAAUGCGCAAAUUCCUGUACAACACUUAUUACAAAUGGACCUCAAGCAAACAGUUCCAGACGGUUUACUACAUUUUCGGCAUCAUUGUUGGGCUGCUGUUUGUAGAUUCAUGGAAGAGAGCCCAGGUUAAAGUUUCGUUGUAUCACCAUAGGAAAUACAAUGAGGAAAACCCCGAUCCGGCAGCGGUGACUCCCAUCCAGGCAUUGGCCUCCAGGGCUUAUAAUCAGAGAAACGUCUACAUUUCGGGAUUUAUCCUGUACUUCAUGAUUUGCAUACCCACUGUCAUGACAAUUGUGAGAAGAUUGGUGAAAUAUGAAAAUUUGAUUAGAGAAGAGAAGGCUGACCGGCCAAAAGAUGCAAAGCUGGGGCGGCCUGUGGAAGACAGGGAUAUCGACGAGCUGGCAGAAAAGUUGAAGAACAGAGAAGCGUCCUUGCGUGGCUUGCAGAAACAGGUGAAGAACUUGGAAGAGUUCUUCGACAAGCAAAACGACGAAAAAGCACUAGGCAGGGCCGACGAGAAGAUUAAAAAAAAUGUAUAA